AUGGAGUCAGUCGUUUCACGAAUACCGCGGGUGGUUUGCGGGAAGGCUCGCUGCCGCCUUUAACCGUUGCGCGACGGAUCGUCCGUCGUUUCGCGGUCCGAGGUUCGUCCGCGUGUCUUCGACCACCUUUCCCGCCUGGAUUCUUGUGCAAUUUUAUUUGUCGAUUUGAGUGACAAUCGCGAGCGAUGUAAUCGUGCCCUGACGUCACGAGGCUAAUCAAGUGCACACACGAACGCAAAUACAGGCGCGCGCGCGCCUGCCAUUCGUAUUCGUAUACACGGAUGGUGUACGUAGCCGCGCUCGCUAUACUACAUACAAUACGUAUAGAGCUGUGCAUACGGCUAAACUGAUACAGAACGAAGGAAAAGGAAAUAGCGAGAUCGUGAAAGACAGAGGAGAAGAAACGGAAACAGAGAGAUAAGAAAGAAAGAGAAAUAUAUGUGCGUAUACAUAUAUAUGUAUGUAUAUAUGUAUAUAUAUGUAUAUAUAUAUAUAUAUAUAUAUAUGUUGCGUAGCAAGAGAACGGUAAUAGAGAAAAAGGGGUGAGGCAUAAAACAUAUAUACGGAGGACAAAUCAUAUUUGCAUAUUCUAUAUAGGCUCUACAAGUCUUACCUUUAUAAAACAUUAUGCGUAAAUAUUGCGAAGAAAAAGUUGAAAUGGUAAAAGUAUCGACAUUUUUUCAUUUGCAAUGUUCGACCAUCGAUUUUUCUCGAACGAUAUGUUUUUGUAUCUCGGUAAAGGAUUUCACGUUUUCGACACGUGUGAGACAAGGCUAUAAAAUAGAAUAAAGAAGAAAGAAGAAGAAAAAGAAAAAGAAGAAGAAGAAGAAGUGAGAAAGAAGUAUCUACAUCUCGUGGCGCCCCGUUGUGUUUUUCUACGGAAAACUGCGCUCGCAACCAGCGUGAACUUUCAAAGUGAAGAAAACGUUCGGCAAAUCUAAGAGUAAAAAUUUCUUCAAAAACGAUAAACGGAAAACAAAAGAAAAAAUUAAUCUGUACGCGCUUCAUCUUAUCUGAUCGAUAAAAUGAAAUGAAAUGAGUGAAGAAGCAAACGAAGAAGUUUGAAGUAGAACGAACUUGGAUGAACAAACAAGUUUUAUUCCAGUCGAACCGGUCAGAUCGACAAAAUUAUGAAGAACUAUAACAAAUUUCGAGAAGGAUGAAAAGAAUUGUGGAAAGCUCAAAAUUCCAGCAAGACGAUUCCCGAAAAGAUAUAAUAAUCGUCAGAUAAUUGGCAAUUGAGAUGUUCUCUGCUUAGUAUCUUGGUGAGAAUUGCCUGUCAUUGAAUAUUUAUAAGCGAUUCCAGAUUUGGAGGAUAAACAGAAAACCGAUCGUUCCUGAAUAGUAGCAACGACAAGCUAAAAAAAAUAAAAUGUCUAAGAUUUCUAUUUUUCGCCAGUAGAUUACGCAUACGGUUAACGAAUUUGUCUAUAUGUACGUGAAUAAGUGAGAAAGUGGCGUGUCGAAAAGUGAGUCUGAUGUUCGAGGGCGAAAAGGAAACGACGACAGUGACGGUGCUCGGUCGAUAAAGUGUAGAAAGAAGAUCAAAGAAGAAAAAUGUGUACUUAAUCUUGAUUUUUUUCGCGAGUGAUUUUAUGUUAGUGACGUGAACAGUGUCUAUUGUAAAGAACAUCCCGAAUGUCGGUAAAUAAAGAAGAAGCAUAUGAUUGAACGAUGCAAUUAAGAACGCGUGUUCGAUCAGUGAGUGUUGGUCGAGAAAAAAAAACCUAUUCGUUUUGAUUGAUUUUUUCUUAUUUCACAUCGAUACAAACGGGUGACGAAACGAGAAAUAAUUGAGAGUGAAAUGAAUUAUUAUUUUUUUCAUUCGUCAUUUUGUAAACUCCCGUUAUGUACUUGAUUUUUUCGUGGUUUGAAAUUUGACGUAAAAAGAAAAAAAAAAAAAAAGAAAAAAAGAAGCAAAGUUUUCGCGUUGAACGGAAAAAAGAAAAGAUUUUAAAAAUUUGUCACAUUGGAAAAGUGUUGGUGAUAAUAGUGGAUGACGUUUAUUGAUUCGCAGUGGUGAUAUCUUUAUUAUUUGAUAUCCAUAUUAUUGGUUGUGAAGGUAUUGGUGAAAACAGGUUAGUGGUGAUAGUGGCAUAUCGCGUAGAAAGAGAACACUCGACUGUGACUCUUAACUCAUUACCACGGAUUUCUCCCGGCAGUUUGACACAACAGCCAUCCUCGAUGAGAGGAGGCACAUGUCCAUUGCUGCCGCUGAAAAUGCAGGGCCUAGCCCGCGUGAAUUACAGGACCCGCUUUGGGUCAAAAUGAGUGCGAUUACUGGCAGCAUCAGCAAAAAAAGAAAGAAAUCAGAUGCCAAGCCUCAGUCGCAAAUUAACAAGUGCCUUAACGAAAAAAGACGACGGAACCAGGAGAACCUGUUUAUCGAUGAGCUUGCCGAGCUGAUUUCCGCCACGGACAUGAGCUCUGGCAAGACUGACAAAUGCCAGAUCCUUCAGAGAACCGUCGACCAGACACAACACAUUAACACCCAAUGGUUUAACAAGCAAAAUGUUACCACAACAUUUGUUACAUCACCGAGGAUAAUGUUGCAAUUUGUUCCUUCCCGAUCCUACCAACCUACAACGAAAUCUGAAAGAAACGGAAGCGAAUCAUUGUUAAAUCAACGAAAGAGGAUUCGGCACAUUAGGGAACAGGAAGGCUCGAAUAGUCAUGCCGUGCAACAGGGGGAAGUAUCUUCUUCGAAUCCUAACAUACUGUCCAACGAUCAAGUUGGUCCUAUUUUACUUGAGGCGCUAGAUGGCUUUUUGUUUGUUGUAAAUACGGAAGGACGAGUGGAAUAUGUAACAGAUAACAUAACGCAGUAUAUAAAUUAUACGAAGGAUGAUGUUCUUGGCAAGGAUAUUUAUAAUAUUAUUCAUCAUGGAGAUCAUAACACCUUUAUGCCGAGUUUGUUGCCUAUGCAAUUAGGCUGGACGAACGAGCAACAGCCCCAAAGAAACCGCACCUUCAAUUGUCGCUUCUUGGUGAAGCCUCCUGAUGAUAAAGAAGAGACUAUGGAAGAAAAGCAGCAACGAGUAUCGAAAUACGAAUCUAUGCAAAUCUGUUCAGCUCUUUUGCCAAAUAAUAGCGAUCGUCUGGAGAGCGGUGACGUAUCUUCCGAAUCUUCGGACAACGGUCCUUGCGUAAUGUGCGUGGCUCGUAGGAUACCCCCGAACGAAAAGCCCAUUGGUACGCCCAUCGAGCAAUUUACCGUCAAAUUGGACACCACGGGGAAGAUUAUCGCGGUUGAUGUUAUCUGGUUGUCGUCUCCUUACUCUGAGUACCUAAGCAAGGUAAGCAAGGAGCUGAUUGGCACUGCGAUAAAGGAUUUGUGCCACCCUCAUGAUCUCAAUAAGCUAACAGCACAUUUGAACGAUACGCUUCAAGUCGGUGAGAGUACCAGUGGUGUAUACCGAUUACGCGUUAGUCCUGAUAAGUUCCUUAAUAUUCAAACAAAGUCAAAACUUUUCAAAGCAAAUGUGAUGAAUACACUUGUUACCGACUUCAUUAUGGCUACCAAUACUAUUAUUGGGGACAAUGACUUAACGCCUAUCGAGGGUGGUCAGCUUUCCAACAACAAAGUGUGCUCCGGACACUCUAGUAACCGUUGUGCGAAUAAUAGUAAUAAUAAUAAUGGUAACAAUAACAAUAACGUGGGUGGCCCGCUGAUGUCCGCGGUGGCGCAUCUGAACGGUCAAGUGAGUGGUAUGAGUAGCCGGGGGUUGGCGGGCACGUCGUCGCACACCGGUACCGCCGGUGCGACAUCCUCGAACUCGAUAGUGUUUAGCGCGGCCGAGUCGUGCAACCCCCUGCCGUCGCUAACUACCAGUAAUCCGUUCAACCACUUUUCGGGGAACAUGGACUUGGAAUUCGAGCUGUUCCCCAGUUCCACCUGGGACUUGGACAGCAGCAGCGGGUGGGCAGAUAGGCCCGAGUCGAGAGCGAGCGGGCCACCGAAUUCACGACCAUCUUCCCAGCCAGCCCCGACAUCUCCGAGUCCCCAGGGAACCUUCUCUAACUCGGCGGUGGCGCCUCACUGCAGUCCCCUACGCGCGUUCAGCCCGACCUCGGCCAACGCCGCUCACACCUUCAGUAAUUCCUUCUCCCUCAGUCCGCUUCAGGAAUCGACCUCCUCGUUGACGAACAGCGCCGCUAGUAGUAGUGUUAGUGCCAACGGAGCGGCGCCCGGAUUGACGCCCAAGAGGCAGGACGAAGGGAAGAGCACCGCCACCGGUUGCCCGACCACCGCCAACCAAUCCGUCAUCGAGGGAAACAACGGGAGGGCAAGCAAUCCCGCCUCCGUUGCUGGGACGCCGGUUGUCGCACAAGCACCGACCGCGGCUCAAACUACCGCGACCGUCGUCGAAACUCAGAACAGUGUCGUGUCCACCGAGUCCGGUAGACUGAGAAACUUGUUGACCAAGGGCGGUAGUGCUAGUGAGGAAACUCAGGACAAUACGAGUAACGAUACCGAGAGCCAAAAUAAGCAUAGGAUAUUAAAGAUUUUGUUGAAUCAACAAGAUGAGGACGAUUUUCAUCCGGAGCAUAAUAAUAAAGUGCGCACGAGUCCUAGCAACAUGCCCAAACCGAGCAUGGAGCACUCGAAAUCGUCGCUUGGAAAUAAUAUGCUGUUACAGCUAUUGAACGAAAAGAACGACGACGAGGAUGAGGAGGCUCGCGCUGGUUUAAAAAAGAGAAACGAACUGUUGCAACAACUUCUCAAAGAUCAAGACGAUGAGAGGAAAGUACAGGAACAACACUGUAAGCCGCAAAGGGAAGAGGAUUCUCUGUUACGAAAUCUUGGAUUUCGGAACACCACGCCAUCACCGUCUCAAUCGGGUGACAACGUUGGACACAGUUCCAGUCAGGUUGGUCAGAAGAGACCCGGCGAAGAUGGCGACUUGAACAUAGCCGCGAAGCGACCUAUGGAUGGGUCUCACCAAGUUUCUUCUUCCGGCACGUCCACGAAUGCGACCAGCAAGCUCUGGGAGAGGAAUAAAAUGUUAGCUUCGUUGUUGGCUAAGCAGCCUCCUCAGCCAACCACUAUACCGCCAAUACCUGCAUCUGUGAUAUCGGCAACACCACAAGAUAAGCUGGUCCGCAUAGGAUUGAAAUCGCAACAGCCACAGCCACAAACGCAAUCUCAAUCGCAGCAGCAGCAACAGCAGCAGCAGCAACAACAGCAGCAGCAGCAGCAGCAACAACAGCAGCAGCAGCAGCAGCAGCAACAGCAACAGCAGCAGCAACCCUGGACAGGUAGCAGUAUGCAGUCGGUCGGUGGCAAUAAUACGAUUACGACAACCGCAACUUCUGCACGAACACCGCUCCAAACACAGUCGAGACAACUACCUCAUCGUCAAACAACCAAUACCUACCUCACUCAUAUGCUAAGUCAGCAACAAAGACCUCAAAUGGGUCAAAUGGAUUCGGAAUUUACGAGCAGCGGAGAGUAUCGUCAAACAAGCACGGAUCUUAAUACUUGGGAUAAUCAGUCGUCGGAUCCCGAUCUUUCCGAUAUUUUGGAUCAAGUUAUCGAAUUCGUUCCGGACGAAGCUAUUACAGAUUCGUCUGCGAUAGCAAAUCUCCUAGAUGUAACCGAAGCGCCGCAAAACAACGCGAUGAACGAGACGAUGGCGAUAAACGCGAUACAGAAGUCGUUGAUGUUAUGCGAGACUGCCGUAAAUCCAACGUCUUCCACCAUAACAAUUCCUAGCACGCCUCCAGCUUAUUCCACCGCAUUGGGUACCACACCUGUAACGACGAGUCAUAGUUACCAGCCACCUCCUAUGUAUCAGCAACAACCGAGGAUGAGGUUUAACACGCAACCGGGGAUCAGGCAGACGACUGCUCAAUUUACGCAACAGCAGCAAUUACAAUUGCAACAGCAACGGACGAAAUUGAUACAGCAGCAGCAGCAGCAGCAACAACAAUUGAAGCAGAGGUUGCUGCAGCAACAGCAGCAACAGCAAUUACUCAUUCCUUCCAAUGCUACAGCUCCGGAACAAAUUACUACCAUUCACAAUAUCGAUAACCUUCUGAACAAUACUGUUGCGCCAAACGUAUCGUUACAGCGGUCGAGUGUACCAGAUUCACAAGUGUCUCCAGGUUAUGGGGGAUCCGUCCAGAUGCCUUCCGGUCACCGACUUGCACAUUCUUAUUCUCAUCCUUCAACGUUACCACAACAUCCUAUCGUAAACAGUAAUUUUAACAGUGGUCAACAAGUGUCUGCGGCAGCACGACUCUCGCCUCAUUCUUCCGCUGGUAUUUUGUCAUUUUCGCAUCCGCAACCGUUGUCACCACGAGUGACGCAAGGCAACUAUGGUAAUACCCCGAGAUUAUUCACCGUUAACCAGGUGAGAACGCAGCAACAAUCUACCGCCCAACAACAAUUGCAACAGCAACAGAGAUCGAUGCCGUCACCAGGGACUCCGGCAUCUGCUCGGCAAUCUCCGUUUCCGGCGGAAACUUUCCCUCCACCUACAUCUCCCACUGCUACCCAAUUUCCACCUGGCCCUAACCCCGGUGCUCCAAAUCCUUCUGCCCAAUACCGAUUGCAACGGACCACGUCUACACCUUCGGCCACGACUCAAUUGCCAGGUGGGGUAGGUUCGCCCCGGCACUACGGCGGAGUGAGUAAGGAACAACCCCUUCUUUCACCUAGUCAUCCACAUUCGGGUUGCAACCCGGCAACACCGACUCAUAAUCAACACAACGUAACGAAUACCCAACAACACUUCUCCAAUCAACAACAUUCUUCUAUGAUAUACCACACCGCCAAUACUAUCAACACAGCUGACAUGCAGAACAAUCAGUUCUGUUACGAUCGGACGACUGUUCCACUCUAUUCGUCAGGGCCUGGGGACACGCAGGACGCCAGGCCUUUGCCUCCCGGUAAUCCUGUCAAUCACCAAUUGGGUGGAAACGCUAGCAGUACUUCGGAAUUUGUAAGGCAAGAAUUGAGAAGAGCGAUCGUUGGGGCGCGAACGCAACAACAGCAGCAACAAAGGAUACCUAACAACAUUCAGAACAACCUAUCCGGACAAGUAUCGCAAGAUGAUCUCGAAGCACUCGGUUUAACGUUCGAAAUGUCUUCUGCAGGUGAGGCUGUGGUUAGCGAUGGCCCUGCCAAGAGCUGGGCCAUUGGGAGUACCGGAAGUGCCCCCUCGUCCUCCAGGACUUCUAUGGAGGAAGUGGCUCGAGGUGAUCCAAAGGUGAAUCAAUCGUCCCUGUUACAAAAACUGUUGUCCGAGUGACUGCCGGCCAACAUUUUGCACGGUAAAGGGAUCUAUAUAAUAUACGUUUAAGCACGAGACCAGAAACAGGAAGAAUGAAAACAGGAAUCGAGGAUCGUAGCAAAGAAGAAAAUAUAAAUAGAGGAAAAAUAUCGAUCGUAUAUACAUGCAUAUACACCUUAUACGUAAUGGAUACUAAUUGUAUUAUAUGUAAGCGUUGCAACACACGAAGUCAGUAUUCAGAUACGUAUCACCAAAUACAAUGUUGAAAGACGAUUAAAAAAAAUUAAAGAAGCUAGAUAAACGUAUCGUGCUUUCCGUUCUUUUGCCUUGGUAUUCUUCAAAAUCGCGAAACAAAAUGUCAUGGAAAUAUCGAACGAUACAUCGAUAUUUAAUUUCAUUCGAACUCGAAGGACCAAAAGUUUCUCGUUUCCCGUUUGGCUGUGUCGAGAUUUUUUCGGUGAAUGUAUUACCUUAUUCUCGAUCUCGUUGAGAUGAAUAAUCUGUAUUUUGCGCGAGGGAUUAAUCGAGAAGACUGUGUGAAUCUAUGAUUGAUGAACGAUCGAUGGAUCGGAAAUUCAAGAAAAGAGUUUGAAACAUUGAUUUCGCGAUUCGAUGAAAAUAAGUAUACAAGGACGCGGAGAGCACGAUAAUUUUAUAUAUAUAUAUAUAUAAAACAUACAUAUAUGAGUAUGUAUAUAUACAUAUAUAUAUAAAAGGAAGGAAGCCUUUUUCGGGAAAUCUUAGCUUCGGAUAAUAUUUGAGUAUAAAUAUAUAAAUAUAUAAAUAUAAAAAUAUAAAAAUAUAAAAAUAUAAUACCGACACGAUGGAUUGACGGCCGUGUAACUCUUAUGUUCAGGGUUGCUACACAUUGUCGUCAGUAUUGUAUUUGGUAUCAUUUGAAGAAACUACGUAGGUACCUCAAAGGUAUACUUUAUUAUACCAUUGGCUGUUUGAACAUAGAACUAUUUAUAGGUUUAAUUAUUGUACACAAGAGGAUGAUAAAAAUGAAAAUGAAGAUAAAGAGGAAGAAAACGAAAGAAAACAAAUAGAGCACUAUUUCACGUAUUCUCUUAAUUUAACGAUCCUUUUUGACUAUUACAUUUAUGAAUAAUAUAUUUGUGAUUGUAAGAAUCUGCAACCAAAAUGUGACAAAGAAUACUUGUUGUUGUUAAUAUGAUUAUAACUAUUAUUAUUAUAAUAAUUAUUAUUUUAUUUUAUUUUAUUAUUAUUUUUAUUAUAUUAUUUUUAU